AUGGCUCUCAGUCUCUAUCUCCUGACAUUCAAUUGCGGUCGUGCUCUCGUACAGCCUGAUAGCUUCGCACCUUAUCUGUUCCAGGCUCUGAAACCCAACGCACCAUCGCCGGAAGUGCUCGUACUGUCGCUACAAGAGCUCGCUCCAAUUGGUCCGGGUCUUCUGGGAGGUUCAUUUAUUACACCAUAUUACAAUGCGUUCCGGAAAGUUGUCAAGCUCGCCUCGAAGGAUCAUGGUUAUGUCAAUGUCAUCACGAGAAAUAUCGGCUUGACGGCGAUCAUGGUCUUUGCGCGAGAUGAUGUGGCCGACAAUAUCAAUUGGCUUCACACGGCAGAAGUUGGACUUGGCGUCAGUGAUAUGGGCAACAAGGGCGCCGUCGGGAUCAGACUGGGCUACAAGACAACUGAAACGGAGGAAGUUGUGUUGACUUUUGUUGCUGCUCAUCUUGCUCCGAUGGAGGAUGGACUGGAGCAGCGGAACGAGGAUUAUAAGAACAUUGUUCGAAGACUUGUCUUCAUCCCAGAUGCAAGCGGGAAGCCGAUCUCACGUGGUGAAGAAAGAGAAGAUGCUCCAUUGUUGCAAUCACCCAUUCCUCCACAUAGUGAAGAGAGUGGUAUUUACUCGUCAUCCUCGCACCUCUUCUUCGCCGGAGAUCUCAAUUAUCGGACCUCUUCGCUCCAGCCAUCUCCUCUAGAUGCUGCGGAGAAAUUCCCUCAACCGACAAAGGAUGAGGACAAUCCGAGACAUUUCAAGCAUCUACUCGCAGAAGACCAGCUUACUCAAGAGAUCAAGGCUGGCAAGACAUUGCAUGGGUUGACAGAAGCUCCAAUUGAGUUCCCACCCACCUACAAGUAUGACACUGAUCCCAACAAAGCCGUGACUCUGGACGGAGAAGACGAAUGGCACUGGGCACGUCACCGCUGGCCCAGCUGGUGCGACCGGAUCUUCUUCCUAAGCAAUGACGACGUUACAGUUGACGCACAUACCUACACGUGUCUACCACUGUUCGCAACAUCAGAUCAUCGACCCGUUGCACUGGCAGCUACGGUUCCAUUGAGAUCGUCAAGGACUGCAGAUCGUGUUCAGGAACCACCCUUCAGUAUCGACCCGCAGUGGAGAGCCAUUAGAGCAGCCGGCAGGAGGAAGGAAUUGAUUGUGGGUUUGGCGGCUUACUUGACCCUGACGCGGGAGGGCAAUGGCUUGGCAUUGGCGACGGUACUGGGAGCACUCGGCGGAUGGUGGAUUAUCAGAUCGUUGCUGAUGGUGUGA